GAAAGUGAAAAUAUCAACGCUUUUCGCUACGAAUCAUGCUUGUGCGUUAAAGUAUUGCAUUUAUAUCUUCCUUUCGAUUUUUUUUUUUUUUUAUCGUCGACUGUACGUAACACAAGAAACCUGAGCUGGUGAUCGGUGAAGGAAAGCAGCGUUUCUUUGGUGAAAAUAAAACGCGCGACUCGAUGGCUAUUCUUGGGUAUCGGAAAGCGGAGGAGGUUCUCCGCAAAAUGUAGGCCGCGCCUCGAAAUGGUGGCCUUGGCCCUCUUUUUCCUCCUGGAGUUACUUUCCAUGGAAUAGAAUCGGCAACGAAGGGAAUGACAAUGUCGCAUUCGGUAACCAUCAGAACACAAACGGUGACGAGUAGCUCCACGUCGGUCAUCAUCAACACUGGUUAUUUGAAAACGUGGGGCGGCCUUUUCAAAUUAUUGCACGUGGCACUAGGAAUAGUUUGCGUGGCAAUAAUUGGCAAUCGAUUCUCCUCGCAUGGUGGAUACCAAUAUACCGCGGAAUUAUUUUUUCUUCUAAUGACGACGACGUUUAUGAUCUCUAGUUUUAUCCUACUGGUAAGCUGUUUAGCUUCACUCUCGACGUCGUCUAUCAUCUCAAAAACCAUCUUCGAACUUCUCUAUCAUUCUAUAGCAUUUGGAUUAUAUUUAGCUGCAUCGUUAACUUUCAUAGUGCAUGUAUCGAAUAUGAAAGGAUACAGCCAAUACGAAGUGUUAAUGGCUGCUGCGAUCUGCGGUUUGGUAAAUUCUGCAUUGUAUCUCCUAAGCACUAUCGUUGCUCUCCGUACAUACAGAGGAAUUUGAGAACAUUAUUAUACCUUUCACUGAAAAUCUUUUCAAUAUUUUCAAUAUUUUCAUAAUCGUCUUCGAAUCUAACUCAUGAUUUUGUACCAAACCUUUUCGGAGAAUAUUUAUUGUAAUUUGUAUAUUUUGUAAUGCUGAUACGAGCACAAACGCAACAAACAAUUUACGCUUACUCGAAUGGUUAAGUGCGUUUUAUAAAUACCGUGUGUGAUUGAAUAUUUUAUAUUGACUAUUGAUAUUUUAUACGGUUCCUCCAUUUAUACACAUUUAUUCACAGAAAUCGUCUUUGAAGUGUAUUUAUUUUACUUGUAUCUAACGUUUAUGUAAGAAAAAUAUACCAAGAAAGACUUAUUGUAACUCA